GCUUGGUGCUGCACAGCGCUGCGGUGAGCGCCUGUGGCAAGGCGACGGAGUGGCGCAGAGCGGUGCAGCUGCUGGCGGUCGCGAGGUCGCGAGCUGUGCGCCUGGAUACGGUCAUCUACAACUCGGCCAGCAGCGCCUGUGCCGGCGCAGCCCUCUGGCGCCUCUCCCUGGCGCUGCUGGCGGAGGUCUCUGGCAGCGUGGUCAGCGUGAACGCGGCCGUCACGGCCUGCGCCGAAGCAGGUCAGUGGCAGCGUGCUUUGGAGCUGCUGAAGCGAGAGCCGAAUCUGGUGACCUUCAAUGCCGCCUGCCAGGCGUGCAGCAAGGCAAAGGCCUGGCAGAGCGCCCUAUGGCUCCUCCAUGCGGUGCCGCGCGCGGACGCGCUGACCUACCGCUUCGUGGCGGAGGUGUUGCCCUGCACCCCGCGCUUGGAGCUUCUGGCGGCUUUGCAGCGCCUGGGUCUUCGACUGCUGUCUUCAACCCGUCGCGUGCCAUGAGAGGGCCUUUGCAGGAGCUGGCGAAAGCACGCAGCUGGCGUGGCAUGCGGCGCCAUGUCGCAUCUGAACGCAGCGAGUUGCACCCGGUGAUCCGCUACAACCAGGAUGAGCGGCAGUGGCAGAAGGCCUUGCAUCUCUUUCGGGAGUUGGAGGAUGAGGGCCUGGAAGGCACGGCGGUGACCUUCGGCAGUUUGGUCAGCAGCUGCGAGAAGGCCUCCCAGUGGCAGAGGGCCUUGGACCUGGCGGCGCAGGCCACCUCGAGGGGGCUGGGCAGCAUCGUCACCUGCAAUGCAGCGCUCAGCGCCUGCGGCAAGGGCCGCAACUGGCAGAUGAUGGCCAUGGAAGUCUUUCGGAAAGUGGAGGCGGAUGGCCUGCAAGGCACUGUGGUGACCUUCGGCAGUUUGGUCAGCACCUGCGAAAAGUCCUGCCAGUGGCAGAGGGCGCUGAACCUCAUGGCAGAUGCAGCCGCGAGGGGGCUGGUGAACAUCAUCACGUGCAAUGCCGCGCUCAGCGCCUGCGCCAAAGGCCGCAACUGGCAAAAGGCCAUGGAGGUCCUUGACCUGGUGCAGCAGCUUAGGCUGGAGCCGGACAUCCUCACCUACAGCGCUGGUAUCAGCGCUUGCGAGGGCUUCGGCUUGUGGAUGGAAGCCUUGGCGCUGCUGGGACAAGCCUUGGCCAACCAGAUCCAGGCAGAUCUGAUUGCCUACAACUCCCUGCUCAGCGCCUGUGCGAAAGCUGGGCGCUGGCAGCGUGGCUUCGCCCUCUUCGAUGCCAUGGAGUCGUCAGACGCGGUCCCACCGGAUGUGAUCAGCCGCAACGCUGGCAUCAGCUCCUGCGACCAGUGGCAGCGCUCCUUUUGUUUGCUGACCGGGGGUGAUGUGGUCAGCUAUAGCGCCGCCGCUUUUGCCUGCGCCAAGCCGACGGAGGACGUGACCUGGCACCAAGCCCUGGCGCUGCUGGAAGCGGCCGCGGCCGCCGCGGCCGCGCCUCUCGGCGCCUCGGUGGUGGCGACCAGCGCCGGGAUCAACGCCUGCGAAGCCGCCCAGCGCUGGAGCCAUGCGCUGGCGCUGCUGCAGGGGUUGCACAGCCGGCGGCUGCAACCGGACGCCAUCGCCUACAGCUCUGCGGCUAGCGCCUGCGAGACAGCGGCGGAGUGGCAACAGGCGCUGCAGAUCCUGCGGGAUCUCAAGAGGCGCCUGCAGCCGGACCUCUACUGCUUCAACGCCGGCAUCAGCGCUUGCGUGAAGGCGGAGCAGUGGGAGCAGGCCUUGCAGCUACUGCAGGAAGCGGUGGACACUGUGCAAGUGGACGUCAUCACCUUCUCCUCAGCCAUGAGCGGUCGUUGGGUGGACUGGCAGCGUGCCAUUUGGCUGUUGGCGGAGAUCUCGCGUCGAGAAAUCCAGGCGAAUAUCAUCGCCUACUGCUCGGCCAUCACAAGCUGCGCCAGAGGAGCGCAAUGGCAACAAGCGCUGCUGGUGCUGUUCCAGUCGCAGGUUUCUAGCGAGAGCAUCGCCUGGGACGCCGCUCUCACCGCCUGCGAGAAAGGCAGCUGGCAAUGCACGCUGGAGCUCUUGGAGCUUCUGAAGUCCAAGCGGCUCCAGAUGGAUUCCAUCUCCUACCAGGCCGCUACCAAUUCCUACGUCAGGGCACAGAAAUGGUACCCGGCAGUGCCACUCCUGGAAAAGGCAGGCUCCUAUGCGGAGGAAUGCUGUUUGGAUGCGCUUGGGACGGUCGCGCAAAAGAUCCAAAGAGAUAUCCAAGAUUCAAGCUGGUUCGCUGGACCAGGGAGUAUGCGUUGA